AUGUCUCAAGAACCAGGUCUGAGAAAUCCCUCGGAACUUGCGGACAGUACUAGUGAAUUUAGAAGGAAAGACUUAAGUGCGCUUAAUAUUCACUACGCAAAUGGAGCCAUCGAAAUGUUUGAAGAUACGCCUGAUUUUUCAUACAAUACCAGUCUUCUCUUACGAAAUGCGAACAAGGAUCAACUUUUUGGUGCCUGGGCUGACGCUUCCCUUACUGAAGGUUGGAAUAAUAAAGAAAGAGCGUUGGCUAGAUAUAUGUCAAAUGUAUUAAUAAAAGAAUUUUCAAGUGCAGAAAAGCUAUCGGAAACUGGUUUUUCUAUAUGGAAGAACAAUCUAUUUGUGAUAAUUGAUGAAGACAAGCACUUGGAUGACGUUAUCAGAAGUACUUGGUGGGGCGAAUGUCAAAUAGCUGGUGAAUUAUUGGCUUCAGCAUCUGUAAACCACGAAAAAAUACAAGAAAAAUACCGUGCUCAAUCAUUAUUUGCAAUACGUGUAAUUGGGACACG